AUGUUAUCAAACAUUAUAUUAGUGUUAGGAUUGAUAGAACUAGCGAGUGCUAGAAAUUGCUACUGGGUCGGCGUAAGAUAUCACUGUUCCGGGUUGUCACGCGGUGCUCGGAUUGGUGUAGGUGUAGCUGUAGCAGUUGGUGUACUACUUUUAAUAGCACUUUUCUCAUUACUGUGCUUUUGUCGUCGUAGGAGAAACCUUAAACAACAAGGUCAAGCGUACGAGCAACAGAUGUACGCGCCUUAUCAACAAAACUACCCUGCACCGCAAAUGCCCUACUAUCAAGGACACCCCGACGGACAGCAACAAGGACAACAAGGACAACAGGGACAGUUUGGCUAUAAUGCACCACCUGGGCCGCCGCCGGGAGAUUAUCCACCACCAAACUAUCCUCAAGCAACGUACAAGGAAGUUUAA